ACUGAGGUAUAGCACUCAACCAUUGCCUAGCUGCAGUGGUCUCAGCACUGUUUGAGGGGGAGGAGACUAAACCCAGAUUGAGCCUUUCGCAAGGAGCUGUGGCACGCAUUCAGUGAGAUCACAUCCUUGCAUGCAUUGCUGUUGCCAUCGAUUUAAUAGUAGUUAGUUCUUCAGUCAACUUUACCCAGAUUUUCGAUUUAUGGAGCUCGUUUUGGGCAGAAAACAUGUUAUAAAUAACUGUUAAGUUUAAGUUUUAAAGCUAUGAAUGUCCUUUCGCGCAAUGUAAUCAUGGCAAGUUCUUGAGGAAUUCUCUCCACCUUUGUGUGAUCACGUUUUGCUCUACCCUCGGAGUUUCACUGCGGUCGGGCGCAUACAAUCAGUCAUAAUGUGGGGGAGAAACGAAUUUGAGGAUGGAUUUGAUACUUUUAAAACAGGUUCCAGCACCAGCUCUCCUGGAUGGGUCCCGGGGUGUGAGUCGCCAUGGCAGGGUACCUCCUCGGCCCCCGGUAACAGUAACCGAGGACGACGCCACAGCACGGCCUCCGACAGUGGUGACACGGGCAUCGGCACGUCCUGCUCUGACAGUGCGGAAGACCAAUCCAGCUCCAGCACCACCCUGUCCUUCCAGCCACUGCGCUCCCAGGGUGCCAUCCCCACAGCCCACGUCAUGCCCUCGCCCUCUUCCGGCACCAAGCUCAGCACGGUACUCUGCCCUGGGGUCAGCCCCUGGUCCUCCUGCCAGCUGCCCUCGCCCCUCGACAGUCCCCUGGACAUGAAGGACCCCCGGCCCGUCCGCCGCUGGUCCUCCCUCACCCGCCUCAGCGUCCAGGAGAAGUCCAGCCCUGUGGGCCGGGUAGCAUACCGCACAGACCCCCACGGCUCCCUGGACAGAGGCAUGCUCUAUGGUUACAGGCAGGACCCUCUGCGCCCCACAGAACCCUACCUAUCCCAAGGGCUCCACCUGCGCUCCCCAGGGGCUGAGGCCCGGUACAAAUAUCCCCUAAGUACUAAGACAGACUCUCACUCUGCCUGCUCAUCCCCGCUCAAACCCAACACCUUAGACCUGACCUACAGUGCCUUACCGGAGACCAAGCACCCUGGCGUCGGGCUGACGGUACCCAGCCAGAGGGGCCUGCCACUGGGCCACCAGGCAGUAGGAGGGUCCCCCAUCCAGCCGGCGGUGAGGACCCAGAUGUGGCUGAGUGAGCAGAUGGAGUACCGGCCUCCCGGACCUGGGACAGAGCUAUGUGGGGGCUUGUCGGCCUGGCAACAGGAGCAGCAGCAGAGAGAGAGGUUGCGUCAGGAGGCCGAGCUCAACCAGAUGCUGGGCGGAGCCUCCCUUCCUGUGAACACUCUGGUGAAGAUCAAAGAGGGCCUGCUGCGACAGAGAGAGCUGGAGAUUGACAGACAAAAGCAGCAGAUCCUUCAGCUCCAUGCCCGGAUCAGGGACAAUGACCUGAGAGCGCAACAGGUCCUCCUGAGCCAGAAGGGGCGCUGUGACGACCCCUAUCUACUUAACGCUAAGGAGUCUCCAUAUGACAGUCCUGUAGCACAGCCCCAUCCCCAGCUCCACCCCCAGCUGCAGGUCCCAGAUAGGUUGAGUCCUCUGUGCUGUGACAACGGGGAGCUGGGCCGUAAACUGGCCGCUGCAGAGCUGGAGGUCAUCCACCUCAACGAGUUCCUCAAACAGAACACCCAGAAAUACACAGAGGACAUCAAGAAGCUGGAGGAGAAGAUGAAGACGCGCGACCGCUACAUCAGCAGCCUGAAGAAGAAGUGUCUGAGGGAGAGUGAGCAGAAUAAGGAAAAGCAGCAGAGGAUAGAGACCCUGGAGAAGUACCUAGCUGACCUGCCCUCCCUCGAUGAGGUCCAGACCCAGGCCCAGCAGCUGGAGGAGGGUCAGGGGAAGGCCCAGGGUCUGCAGGAAACAGUGGCUUGUCUGGAGAAGAGUCUGGAGGAGGGCUGCGCCGUGCUGCAGGCGAAAGAGGACCUGAUUGAGACCCAGUGCAAAAGGGAGAAGGAGCUGGUGGCUGCUGUACAGAGCCUGCAGCAGAAGGUGGAGCAGUGUCUUGAGGACGGGAUCCGGCUCCCCAUGCUGGACCUGAAGGAGCUGGAGAUAGAGAACGUACGGUUACAGGAUCAGCAAGCCACCACCACCGAGCUGAUAGACAAUCAGAAGAACCAGAUUGAAAAACUCACCCUUGAGCUGAUGGCUGUAGAGCAGAGGCUGCAGAAGGAGCGAUGUCUCUCCCAAGAGCUCCAGCAACAGGGCGAGGACCUGGCUUCACUCGCUGACACCCUCCACCAGAACCAAAGGCAGGUGGAGGAUGGCGUGGUGAUUCGUCAGGGCUGCGGGGGCAAGGGGCCAGAGGCAGGGCCCCUGCUGAAGGAGAUGUCCUUGUGUCUGCUUGACCUCAAGGCCCUCUGUAGUAUCCUCACCCAGAGGGCCCAGGGCAAGGAACCCAACCUGGCACUGCUACUGGGCAUCAAAUCGAUGAGCAUGUCAGGGGAGGAGAAUGACAACGCUCUGGUGGAGGACAGCUUGCGGGCCAAGCUGCUGGAGGUUGGCCAGCUGAGGAAGGAAAUUGAGGACCUGCGCACCGCCAUCUCUGACCGAUACGCACAGGACAUGGGCGAAAACUGUGUGACGCAAUGACACACCCGCCAUGAGGGGCACUGACGCCCAGCGACGGCGUGCCCACUCCCCAGGGCUUCUGUGUCACAGCCAGUGAGGGUAGGAAAAAUCCUAUUGGAGGAAAACCAGGAAGAACAGCGUUAAAAUGGAAUAAGAAACUAGGUACUGUCAAUGCUGUAUUUUAUUUAUAUCCAGUUUUACAUGGAGGUAUCUAGCUCCAGCUUUCUGAAUGUAGGAUCAAGCUGUGAAUCAAGUUUACAAGGAAGUCUUAGAAUAGGAUGUUUUGAUUUUUCAAAUGUCAAUUGCGCUUCCUGUGUAAUAGAAUGAAUUCCUGCAUGAUCAUGUACAUUGCUUCAUGCACAGAGACCUAUACCUGGAGGCCCUGCCCUCACAGAACGGAGUAUGAGUGUUUGGCCCCUCCCACACAAUCUCACCGGCCAGUAGGAAACUGACUCACUGCUGUGCUGUCAAGUGCCUCUGUGUGAUAGCUUCUCCACGAAUCAGCUGUCCUCAUCCUAAGUUGUUUCCAAUGGCAACCCAUAGCUCUCCUCUCACAUCGCCGUGUGUUGUCCAAAGACAAACUCCCCGAACUCUCAGCAGCUGCCCAUAGUCUAUAGUCGGAACUGCCUUGUGGCACUUCUUCCCUUGGCUCCACAACAUGCCCACACUUUCACAACACAAACUGGCCAACCAAGAGAGCUGCUUCUGUUCCAUUUCAGCAUUUCCGGUUCCUUGUUAUUAUGGGUGUUUCUUCUGUGUGCAAGUGGUUCGCUAUUUGGGAUAUGAAUGGUUUACAAUGGAAGAUUUCAGUGAUGUGGAUCGCCCCAGACUGGUUAUUUGUAUAGAUAUUUUAAUGAAAAUGAAUGGCAAUAACCCCUUUCAUAUUAUUUGCUGUUGUGUUGAACAUAAUAGCAUCAGGUAAUAUUCAGGUGUUUUUCUAACAAUUAAAUUCAGGAAUUUUUACAAAUUCAGAUUGACUGGUUAGGUCAGGGCUUAAUACUGCCUCCCAGGAGUUCAAUAGGCUGCAUCUAUAUAGGCAGCACAAUUCCGAUCAUUUUUCUACUAAUUGGUGAGCUGAUUAGUCAAAAGAUCAAUUAUUGAAAGAAUCUGGCUGCUUGUGUAAACACAGCCAUAGACACCAUUUGAUUGAGACUAGAACUAAUGCAAAACCACCACGGCAGCACUUCUACAGUAUAGGCCCACAUUACCUACUGGGACUUGACUCAUUAUUUGUAUAAAUCCAUUGUCAAUAUAGGCGCCAGUUAAACAUUGAGUUGACCGAGGAAUAUUCCUCCAACCACAGAGGGGCUCUAGAAUAAUGCAUCCAUGGAAUAAUCGUUGGUUCACAUUCUGUUUUACUUUGAUUGCUGUUCCCACUAUUUGUCAUAGGAACUCUUGCUUCAUCUCAAACUAGUUGGAAUGUGAAUUUUAGCAAGCCGGUCAUGACAACCAACACAUUACUGUUUGCUAUAAGGCAGGGUUUCAAACAGUCCUCAGGAGUCCCGGUUUGUUUUGCCCUAACGCAACACAGCUGAUUCAAAUGAUCAAGCUAUAAGGUAUACAUUUCUACAGAUAUUGUAAUUUAUCCUGGUGACAAGUGGUUCAAAAUGGUAAUCAGUUUAGAGCCAAGUAUAUUUUGCAUGUCUCAAUUUAGACUAAUGUAGUUGUAGGGUAUACUGUUGUAUUACCAAUCUUAGAAAGGAAACAUGGGCUAUGUUAAAUGUUUUGGCAGGUUAAGAUAAAGGACAAAGGUUGACUCGGCCUAGAUUCAAACCAUACCACUGAAGAGCCGAGUAAUAGCGGCAUUGAAAGGUAAUUUCCGAUUGGGCCGAUAUACAACAUUUACCAUGAUUCCAGUCUCCGCGAACAUUGCCUUUAAAUUGCACAGGUCUUCAGCAAUAUAGAUUGAAUCUAGUCCUAAGCGUUACAUGGAAACUAAUAUGCAAUGUCACAUGCACCAGCUAGCGCCUCCCAUUCAGUAGCAGAUCUGACAUGUUAUUGUUCUGUGCCUUUUAAUCUAUGCAGUAGGUAAGAGCUCCUGUUUCUCCCCAUUGACAGGGUCUGGAGACAACUAUUCUGCAUCUUGUAAAUAAGAGGCUACCCGUCACACUGUAUGAUUACACAAUUAUGCUAAGCCAUAGCCACAAAAUAAAUAUAGCCACUCAGGUAAAUUAAGGCCAUAGCAGGCUCUUGUGAAACCUGAAGAAUGUACUCCAAUGCACAGCAUCCAUUGUGAUGUGUAGGUCUGUGAGAGUCUAUAAAUGCUCAUCUAAAGGGAAACAGGUGUGGUUGUCAUGGCUGUCUGCACUGGACUAGGAGCCACUGGUUGGCUUUACUGUACAUAGGAAUAUCUGUUUGUAAUGUUACACUUAGUUUUGCAGCUAGAUUUUAUGAAUGCCAAAAAGUUUAUUUAUAUACGAUGUUCCUAAAAGUGUUAAGUAUUUUUCCAUUUAAAGGUGUGACUCAUUUGUACAGACUGCAAAUAAAAUAUUUUUCUAUAACA